AUGAAGCUGAAGAAGCAGGUGACAGUGUGUGGAGCUGCCAUCUUCUGCGUGGCUGUCUUCUCCCUCUACUUGAUGCUGGACCGGGUACAGCAUGAUCCUGCGCGACACCAGAGUGGGGGCAACUUCCCCAGAAGCCAGAUCUCGGUGCUGCAGAACCGCAUCGAGCAGCUGGAGCAGCUGUUGGAGGAGAACCAUGAGAUCAUCAGCCACAUCAAGGACUCAGUGCUGGAGCUAACAGCGCACGCGGAGGGGCAGCCAGCAUUGCCCCAUCACCCCCCGAACGGCUCCUGGGUGCUGCCCCCUGAGAGUCUCCCAAGUUUCCUCUCCGUGUCCCCACAGGACUGCCACUUUGCCCUGGGGGACAAGAGACACAGCCCAGACCUGCAGAUGCUGGCUGUGUACUCCCUGCUGCCCUUUGACAACCAGGAUGGUGGUGUCUGGAAACAGGGCUUUGACAUCACCUAUGAGCCCAAUGAGUGGGACACGGAGCCUCUGCAGGUGUUUGUGGUGCCCCAUUCCCACAAUGACCCAGGCUGGAUCAAGACCUUUGACAAGUACUACUACGACCAGACACAGCACAUCCUCAACAGCAUGGUGCUGAAGAUGCAGGAGGACCCGCGCCGGCGUUUCAUCUGGUCCGAGAUCUCCUUCUUUUCCAAGUGGUGGGACAACAUCAGUGCCCAGAAGCGGGCUACAGUGCGCAGGCUGGUGGGCAAUGGGCAGCUGGAGAUGGUGACGGGUGGCUGGGUGAUGCCUGACGAGGCUAAUUCCCACUACUUUGCCAUGAUUGACCAGCUGAUCGAGGGGCACCAGUGGCUGGAGAAGAACAUCGGUGUGACGCCACGGUCAGGCUGGGCGGUGGACCCCUUUGGAUACAGCUCCACCAUGGCCUACUUGCUGAAGCGCUCCAACCUGACAGCCAUGCUCAUCCAGCGUGUGCACUAUGCCAUCAAGAAGCACUUUGCUGCCACUCAGAACCUGGAGUUCAUGUGGAGACAGACAUGGGAUCCAGACAGCAGCACCGACAUCUUCUGCCACAUGAUGCCCUUCUACAGCUAUGACGUGCCACACACCUGUGGGCCAGACCCCAAGAUCUGCUGCCAGUUUGACUUCAAGCGCCUGCCUGGGGGCCGGAUCAACUGUCCCUGGAAGGUGCCUCCCCGCGCCAUCACUGAUGCCAACGUGGCUGAGAGAGCACAGCUGCUGCUGGACCAGUACCGCAAGAAGUCCAAGCUGUACCGCAGCAAGGUGCUGCUGGUGCCCCUGGGAGACGACUUCCGCUAUGACAAGCCACAGGAGUGGGAUGCUCAGUUCCUCAACUACCAGCGCAUCUUCGACUUCCUCAACUCCCGGCCUGACCUCCAUGUCCAGGCACAGUUUGGGACACUCUCUGACUACUUUGAUGCCCUGUACAAGAAGGUGGGCAUUGUGCCAGGGAUGAGGCCACCGGGGUUCCCAGUGCUGACAGGGGAUUUCUUCUCCUACGCGGACCGGGAGGAUCACUACUGGACAGGAUACUUCACCUCUCGGCCGUUCUACAAGAGCCUGGACCGAGUGCUGGAGGCCCAUCUCCGGGGGGCAGAGAUCCUGUACAGCCUGGCGGGCGCCAAUGGCAGGUACCCACUCUCUGACUAUGCCCUGCUGACCAACGCCCGCCGCAACUUGGGCCUCUUCCAGCACCACGAUGCCAUCGCCGGCACUGCCAAGGAGGCCGUGGCUGUGGACUACGGAGUCCGGCUGCUCCACUCCCUCACCAAUCUCAAGCGUGUUAUCAUCAAUGCUGCACACUAUCUCGUGCUGGGGGACAAGGACACUUACCACCAUGACCCUGCUGCACCCUUCCUUGCCAUGGAUGACAUGCGUCCCAGCCAAGACUCCCUUCCAGAGAGGACAGUGGUCAAACUGGACACUUUGCCCCGUUUCCUGGUGCUGUUCAACCCAUUGGAGCAGGAGCGCCUCAGCGUGGUGCCGGUGCUGGUGGACUCCCCACACGUGCGUGUGCUGUCCGAGGAGGGGCAGCCCCUGCCCUCGCAGCUCAGUGUGACCUGGAGCUCUGCCACUGAUGUGGUGCCUGAUGUCUACCAGGUGUCUGUCCUGGCCCGCCUGCCUGCUCUGGGGCUGCGUGUGCUGCAACUGCACAGGUCCUUUGAUGGCCACACCGUGGUGAGGUCCUCCACACGCCUGUACCUGCACGGCCGUGACCUGCCCGUGCGCAAGCCCCAGGCUGUGCCCCUGCACGUCUUCCCAGCUGUCACUGAUGACUUCUGCCUGGAGAACCAGCACCUGCAGGCCUGCUUCUCAGGGCACUCGGGCAUGCUGCAGAGCCUGCGCCGAGCUGGGGAGGAGCAGCUGCACAGGGUGAGCAGUGAGUUCCUUGUCUAUGGCACCAGGACCUCCAAGGACAAAAGUGGAGCCUAUCUCUUCCUACCUGACAGCGAGGCCAAGCCCUAUGCCCCCAAGGACCCCCCAGUGGUGAGGGUGACAGAGGGACCCCUCUUCUCAGAGGUUGCCAGCUACUACCAGCACAUCCAGACUGUGGUGCGGCUGUACAACGUGCCAGGGGUUGAGGGCUUGUCCCUGGAUGUGUCCUGCCUGGUGGACAUUCGUGACCACAUCAACAAGGAGCUGUCGCUGCGCUUCAGAACCGACAUCGAGAGUGAGGACACCUUCUUCACGGACCUCAAUGGUUUCCAGAUCCAGCCCCGCAGGUACCAGCAGAAGCUGCCGCUGCAGGCCAACUUCUACCCCAUGCCUACCAUGGCCUAUAUCCAGGACAUGCAGAGCCGCCUGACACUGCUCACAGCCCAGGCCCUGGGGGUCUCCAGCCUCAGCAGUGGUCAGCUGGAGGUGAUCCUGGACCGGCGCCUCAUGCAGGAUGACAACCGAGGCCUGGGCCAGGGACUGAAGGACAACAAGCGAACCUGCAACCGCUUCCGGCUCCUCCUGGAGCGCCGUGCCACCGCCAACAAGGUGCAAGAUGAGCGCCCCAUCAGCUUCCCCUCCCUGCUGAGCCACAUCACCUCCAUGCACCUGAACGCUGAGACCCUGGUCAUGCCAGUGGCACUGGAGAAGCCGCACCUGCCAGCCCUGCGCUCCUUUGUCCCCCUUGCUGCCACCCUCCCCUGUGACUUCCACGUCCUCAACCUGCGGACGCUGCAGGCAGAGGAUGACUCACUACCUUCAGCUGAGGCAGCGUUGAUCCUGCACCGCAAAGGCUUUGACUGCAGCCUGGAGGCCAAGAACCUCGGCUUCAACUGCACCACCAGCCAGGGCAAGCUAGCCCUGGGCAGCCUGUUCCAGGGGCUGGAGCUGGGCUCCCUGCAGCCCACCUCACUGACGCUGAUGUACCCACUGGGCAUGGCCUCCAACAGCACCAACAUCCACCUGGACCCCAUGGAAAUUGCCACAUUCCGCAUCCGCCUGGGAUAG